GGUGAGGAUAUGGUGAUCUGGCAUCACUUCCAAUCUCAAGGAACAGGGUAAAAGGAAAAGAAGUAUGAUGGUCAAGACUCCACAGAGGAAGCAGCAGGAUUGUGGAAACCAAUCCAAACCAAUGUCUUGCUUAAGUGUCUCAAUCCCUUUGAGGAUGUCCAGUCACAUAUUCAAGAGGCCAGUAACCAGAAUCGCAUCCUAUCCUGUAAAUGAGGUCAGAUGCCAUCAUUGGGAGGAAACCCUGGACAAGCCCCAGCAGAUGUGCUGGCAGAAGAGGCUGCAAGGUCUCCAGGCCUAUAGCAGUGCAGGGGAACUCUUAAGCACGUUGGAUCUUGCCAAAGCCUUGCAAAAACUUGUUCCUAGGUGCUCAAGUGAAUAUCUGCCAGGUGUUCUUGCAGGUGGUCUGAACCCCAGCCCCACGCCCACCUCUACUGUGUCUUCAGAUUUGGUAAAAGUGAUUCCAGGAGCUGGUCUGGGUAUCCCACAGCUUCUGUGCAAGCAGUUUUUGGUGACUGAGGAAGAUAUCAGGAAACAGGAAAGGAAAGUAAAGACAGCAAGAGAAAGGUUGGCCAUGGCACUGGCUGUAGACAGACUUGCUAGAGAGGCAGAGAAAAUGAGGGGCCAAGAAGCACAUCCCAAAAAACACCAUGAGAAAAAAGAGAAGCUAGUGCAGGUGAAAUGGAGCGUGGGACUUUAUUAA